AUGACGAAUGUUGAUGCCUUUAUUUCUUCACCUGCUUCUAGUUCUACUUCACCUAUUGCUUCUCCUACCCUUAUUGUGAUGGUUCAUACUGAAUCGUCCACCAACCUACCCUUGGGAUUCAAAUUGAAUGGAUCCAACCAUGUGAUUUGGGCUUUGAUGAUCGAACUCUACGCUACUUCACAAGGAAAAUUACGUUACCUAACUAGUGUCUCUGAUGCCCCAGAUUAG